AUGGCAUCGAAGGGCUGGAUUGCUGCGCUCGGCGCUUCCAUGGUGUUCGGCUCGUCGAGCAUCCCCGCCAAGCACCCAUGCUGCAGGAUUGUCGGGCCCUUCGGUUUCCAGCUGUGGGUAACAGCAGGGAACGCCAUGACAACCAUGUCUCUCGCUCUCCUCAAGGGAUCCCCCGUCCGAUGGUCAAGUUGGGGAGCUGCUGGGGCUUUGCUCCUCACAGCCACCCAGUGCUGUGCAUGGCCGGCGGUGGGCGCUCUUGGAGCAGCAGCAGGUCCAGGCAUCUGGUGCGGGGUCGGGAUGUCAGUUGCGUUCAUGUGGGGGACGAUCGUCUUCCAGGAAGCCGUUCGCUCGCUUGCGCUGUGCAUUGUUGCUCUGAUCCUCCUCUUCUUCGGGAUCGUGGGUAUAUCUCUCGUUCAGUCCAGCAUGCUUCAGCGGCUCUUGGGCGAGUCGGGGGCAACGGGGCUGAUGUCAGAAGAAGAGAGCAAUAAGACUGGUCGAGCGAGGAUCGCUGUGGGAGUCUUGCUGGCACUCAUGACGGGAUUGUUUGACGGUUCCCUCAUGGCACCUUUCAAGGCAUACCUCGCCUCUCACCCUUCCCUAGUCUCCUCCUCCUCCUCCUCCUCCUCCUCCUCCUCCUCCUCCGACGUCGUCGUCUUCGAGUACUUGGGCUCCUUUGCACUCGCACUGCCGGUGGUGGCUGGAGGGUCCCUCGUGCUCAUCAUGUUCUACCAGCAUCGUGCCUUAAACUCAGGUCCCGAUCGCAGCAGCUUCAGGCAAGCGGCGUACCCUGGUUUCUGCGCUGGCGUGUUGUGGGCUGUCGGCAACGUUCUGUCGGUGCAUGCGACGCUGGAGCUUGGGCAGUCUAUCGGGUUCCCGAUGACGCAGAGUUGUGUGGUGAUAUCAGCCCUGUGGGGAAUCGUCGUCUUCAAGGAGAUGACCGCCAGGACUCCUCUCCUCCUCUUCCUCCUCUCCUCGACGCUGGUGGCGGCAGGCGCGAGUCUCCUCGGCAGUAACUCUUACAGAUAG